CAGUCAAAUGUCUAUAGUAACCUUCUGUGAUACGUUGAGAAGUCAUAAUUUUCGUUCUGAAUGGACCUAAAAUCGUCAUUUUGAUCGGCCACUGAAAACCAGUGGCAGGGGGUUGGAUUACUUAUCUUUAUCGUUAAUGGCGGAUUUUGAAAAACAGAGCAAUUCGAGCUACCUACUUCUCUGCAACUAUGAUUCUCCAAAUUCUCGUCCUCACUUUGCUGCCACCGUCGACCGCCGACGACGUCGGCGGCCAGUGGCAGAUUCUGCAGAACGACAUCGGAGUUCUGCCAAUGCACAUGCAGUUACUUCACAAUGACAGAGUCGUCAUCUACGACAGAACCGACUUCGGCACCUCCAAUUUGAGCUUGCCAGAUGGAAAAUGCCGAAUGGAUCCAAACGAUACGGCUCUGCAAGUCGAUUGUACUGCUCAUUCACUGGAAUACGACGUCGCUUCCAACUCGUUCCGGCCACUCAUGGUUCAGACCGAUGUAUGGUGCUCUGCCGGUGCCGCCAUGAGCGAUGGAACUCUCGUUCAGACCGGCGGAUUCAACGACGGUGAUCGGAGAGUUAGAAUCUUCAAGCCGUAUCCUAAUGGCUCCGAUUGGGAGGAGAUUCCGUUUGCCCUAAGUGUUCGCCGAUGGUAUCCGACGAACCACAUUCUGCCAGAUGGACGGCAGAUUGUAAUCGGUGGACGGCGGCAGUUCAACUACGAAUUUUUUCCGAAAACCGGCGGAACUUCCAAGGCGUAUAGCUUACCAUUCUUGAUAGAGACGAACGAUCGGUUGAUCGAGAACAAUUUGUAUCCGUUUGUGUUUCUGAACAUCGACGGAAGUUUAUUCAUUUUCGCGAACAAUCGGUCGAUUCUGUUCGAUUACGCGAGGAAUAAGGUGCUGAAGACUUUUCCGGCCAUUCCUGGCGGAGAUCCGCGGUGUUAUCCGAGCACUGGCUCAGCGGUGCUGCUUCCGUUGAAGAAUUUACAGGCGGCGACGAUUGGAGCAGAGGUCUUGGUCUGCGGUGGAGCUCCGAAAGGGUCUUUUAAUGAAGCUCUGAAUCGGACCUUUGUAAAAGCUUUAAAUACCUGCGCUAGAACCACAAUAACCGACCCGAAACCCGAGUGGGUCAUUGAAACAAUGCCGGUGGGUAGAGUAAUGGGGGACAUGAUUUUACUUCCAAACGGCGACGUUUUGAUCAUUAAUGGCGCGGGGUUGGGAACGGCCGGGUGGGAUAACGCUCGGGACCCAGUUUUAAACCCGGUUGUGUACCGACCCAGUGACCCACCCGGCUUAAGGUUCCGGUUGUUGAACCCGAGCACGAUCCCCCGUCUUUAUCACUCCACGGCGGUGCUACUCGGUGACGGUCGCAUAUUGGUCGGCGGGAGCAAUCCGAAUAUAUAUUACAACUUCACCGGCGUGCCGUUCCCGACGGAGCUGAGACUGGAAGCGUUUUCGCCGCCGUAUUUGGAUCCAAAAUUUGAAAAUCUGCAACCAAUGAUAUUAUCACCGUCGUCUCAAACCAAAGUUAGACACGCACAGCAGUUGGUGGUUCGGUUUAAACUCACCGGUGGCGGUGUAACUUCCGAUACGGUGGAGGUGACUAUGGUGGCACCACCGUUCAAUACACAUUCAUUCUCCAUGAGUCAGAGACUGCUAGUGAUCGGCGGCGAGAAUGUGACGAACGUGGGAAAUAACACGUGGGAUAUCCACGUCAGUAUUCCCGGGUCGGGUACCAUUGCUCCAUCUGGGUAUUACCUUUUGUUUGUGGUUCACGGGAAGAUUCCGAGUAAGGGCAUUUGGAUUCGAAUUGCAUGAGGGGUAAAAAGGGAAAUAGAGAGGAAUUUAUUCUAAUUAUUCUUAUUUUAUUUUUCUUUCACGUGGAAACACAAUACCCUGACCUUUUUUUAAUGUUU